UUUUAAUAGACAUUCUAGUAUUCUUUCGUACUGUGACUUGUCUAUUUUAUUUAAAUUCUGACAUUAUAAUUGCAUUUCUAUACCCGCGAUGUUUUGCCCCUCCAAACCCCUCCAUGGCGCUAGUUUAUACAUUUGCAUCACCAGCAAUACAUACACCAAGGAUCCUCCCUCCUCACAAUUUCUUCCGCAUUUCUUCAUCCACGAUUCAUGAAAUAAACAAUAAUGCCUCUCAUAAUCUUAACCGGCUAUCCUUGCUCCGGCAUUUCCUACCGGGCAGAACAAAUCUCCACGCUCCUCUCGUCAAUCCAGGAUUCCCUUACGACUACAACUACCUCUAAAGGACGAUAUAAAUUCCACGUCGUUGGAUCGCACGAUGAGUCCCAUCCGCGAACGGUGUAUGAUACUGCAAAGUCAGAGAAAGAGGCCCGGGCAGUGGUGUACGGGCGGGUGAAGCGGGCGCUUAGCAAGGAUACUUUUGUCAUUGUGGACGGGAUGAAUUAUAUUAAGGGAUGGAGGUACCAGCUGUGGUGCGAGAGUAAGGCGGCGGAGACGACCUGUUGUGUGGUUCACGUUGGGACGCCGAUUGACCAGUGCAUUAAAAAUAAUGAGUCUCGGAUACGGAAGCGGGAAAUAAAAAAGAAGGCAGGAAAGGAUGCGGAAGAAGAAGGUGGAAGCCCCGUAAACAAGGGGACUGAGACGGAGGCGGACAUGGAGGCUCUCACCAUAAGUGACGACGAGGAACCAUACCCCCCCGAACUUCUGCAAAACCUCAUAUUCCGCUACGAAGAACCUACAACCCACAGCCGCUGGGACAAGCCACUCUUUACCGUACCAUGGUGUGACGCUACUCCACCGGCUGAGGACAUCUGGACCGCCUUAACAGGCAUACCUGUAUCCAAGGAGAAGUCUGCAACGGACACAGUCCCGUCCACCACAUCGACCCUCACCUCAGAGUCGUCCACAAACACACCCUCCAUCACCACAACAGGAACCAGCACCCGCACAUCCCUCCCCCGGCCCAAAAUAGUCCCCCACCAGGCUACAAUCCAACCCGCAACAACAGACCCUAGUGCCCUCCAUGCGCUUGAAAAGUGUACAUCGGGAAUAAUAUCUGCGCUCCGAACAUUCACCCUUGAAAACCCCUCCGCCUCCGCGGCUACUGUAGCGACUGCAGCCGAAACCGCCAAACACUCCCUUGGGGACGGGAUAGCCAUAUCAGUACCUGGCGCUCAAACCCCCGUGUUCAUACCAGCCGCCGCCCUUGCGUCUACACCAACAGAUGAAUUAACCGGUGCAGGAGGCAUUCUUGCUCUCCCGCGCCUACAGAGGCUGCGAAGGCAGUGGGUGGGGAUGAACCGAGCGUAUCUAGGCGGGGGACAUUCGAGGGGUCAAAAGGGAUUGGAGACUGAGCAGGCAGGGGAUGCCUUUGUAAGGUUUUUAAAUGCGGAGUUUGAGGGGAUGGAGGAGUGAGUUGUGUUGUUUUGUUUUAUAUAUAUAUAUAUAUAUAUAUUUUUUCUUUUUUUUUUCUUU